AUGUUGCCAUCGGGUAUUAAUUAGGGAUUGGGUUGGCCCCCUAUAUAAAGGAGACGCGCCCAUUGCUCUGCUCUGUCUCCAUUCACGCCAAGAUGAGCUACGGAUCUGAAGUCUUUUCCUCCUCCUCCUAUAGGAAGAUUUUCGGGGAUUCUCCCCGUUAUGCGUCCUCUCCAUCGCGGACUGGGGUGAACGUCUCCACACGGGGAGGUUACCGGUCCUCCUCUCUAUCCCGGAGCAACGUUCCAUCUCUGGGCUCAUAUAGUAGAAAGUCCGGCCGCUCCUUCGCGUCCAUGCCAAUGGAGACCUUCGACCUGACACAGAGCAACGUCCUCAACAAUGAGUUCAAAAUCAUCCGCACCAAUGAGAAGGAACAAAUGCAGGGUCUUAAUGACCGCUUUGCAAUGUUCAUCGAGAAAGUGCGCAACUUGGAGCAGCACAACAAAGUGCUGGAGACGGAGCUCACUACCCUGCGCCAGCGGCAGACCGAGCCGUCCCGCUUGGCCGAGCUUUACCAACAAGAGAUCCGUGAACUGCGCUCCCAGCUCGAAGAGCUGAACGGGGAGAAGUCCCAGUUCAUGCUGGAGAGGGAUAGUAUUGAAGACGAGCUCCAGAAGCUCAGGGGGAAAUACGAAGAUGAGUUCCGUGCCCGGGAGGAGGCAGAAGCCAUCCUCAAGGCUUUUAAGAAAGAUGUGGAUGAUGCCACCAUGGUGCGCCUGGACCUGGAGAAGAAGGUGGAAUCUCUGCUGGACGAGAUCAACUUCCUGAGGAAGGUGCACGAGGAGGAGGUGGCCGAGCUGAUGGACAUGAUCCAGGCUUCCCAGGUGUCUGUGGAGAUGGAGGUGUCCAAGCCGGAUCUCACCUCCGCCCUCAAAGAGAUUCGAGGCCAGUACGAGUCCAUGGCGUCAAAGAACCUGCAGUCUGCUGAGGAGUGGUACAAGACCAAGUUCGCCGACUUGUCUGAGCAGGCUACCCGGAGUAAUGAGGCCAUCCGCGCCAGCAGGGAGGAAAUUAACGAGUUCAGAAGGCAGCUGCAGUCCAAGACCAUCGAGAUAGAGAGUCUGAGGGGAACCAACGAGUCUCUGGAAAAGCAGCUCCGGGAGAUGGAGGACAGGCACAAUGCAGAGAUAGGAAACUACCAGGACAGCAUGGCAGAGCUGGAGAAUGAGCUGAGGGCCACUAAGAGCGAGAUGGCUCGUCACCUGAGGGAGUACCAGGAUCUGCUCAAUGUCAAGAUGGCACUGGAUAUUGAAAUCGCAGCUUACAGAAAACUGCUAGAGGGGGAGGAGACUCGCAUCGGGACAGGGAUUACCUAUCCCAGCUCCAUGAGCUCAGGUGUUGGGCAAGGUUACAACUACCAGUCCCGUAUUUACACCAGCUCCAGCAAGGGCAAGAAGGAGAGCAAGGACGAGGACCAGCAGCAGGAGAGCAGGUCUGGAGGCAAGGUCUCCCAGCGUGAAGUUUAUGAGGAGACAGUGGUCACCACCAAGAAGGUGGAGAAGCAGCAAGACCCCAGCGAUAUUCCCACCAAUCAGAAAAACUAAGAUCUUACUGUAAGCCUGCUUUUGACCCCUUAAGCUUCUCGUUACCCUCUCUUAAACCCAUUCCUCUUCUCAUUUCCCAUCCUAAAACAAACCCUCUUGCUUUCUAUUUAAGCACUUGUGGAUAUCUAAGAUGAUGGCUCUGCUUUGCGUUCUCAUUAUACGCAUAGCAAGAAUAUCAUGGUUUCUAUCUGAAUUAUUGUGUGUUGGAUUUCCACAAGUGUGCAGAGUGCAGGAGCUAGAUGUUUGUUUUACAUGGGUUUAUUCUUCCUUGUCCCCUGUGUCCCCCACAUGCAUUCCCAAAGGAAAUCCAUUAUAACUACUGUAACCAUCACUCUAUACAAAACCACAGUACAUCUGUUCUCUCUCUGUCUCCUUCACACACUCAACAUCGAACAAUAAAAAGCACUUAGGUAGCAUCUCUUACAGAAGUACGGUCUUUCAAAAUAUAAUAUUCUUAAACAGUCUUUCACAGUUUGGGAUAAUGUUACGUCGAUAUGUGAUACUGAAACACAAUAGAUAAUAACUGGUCAUUCACUUCUACCACAAGCUGUGAGAAACUCUCAACACAUUCCAAUGGAAGCAUGUGUGUGCGAGUGUUACUGUGAACAUUUAAAGGACAAAAGAUUCAAAACACGUCAGCUAGUAUCGGUUACUCUUUCUGCAUUCACUUAUACGAUACAAAUACAAUUAUUCCUGGCAUAAUAACGACAGUUUAGUAAGGAAGCACAAAGUAAGGAAACCUGGCAAAAUAAACAAUAAUAUAUGAUUGUGUCUUGCUGAGCCAUUGUUUUGAGCCUGUUUACUAAAAAUGGAGUUGAAAAGGAUGAACAUCCUUGGCCGAGCACAGACUCCUUUUUUAACUUCCCGGUGAAGUUUCAUUCUAGAAAAGUGUAUUUCUUUAGCUGUUUAAAUGAGACUUGAAGAAAACAUGAAAACAAAUGUAUUGAUUGUGUAUAAUUUGCAUGGUGUAUGUAGAUCUCAUGCUUGCAUGGAAACCAUUAUCCCAUUUCUCAAUCGACAUGAUUCCGUUGGUUGCGGUUAAAAGGUCAGCUCAUGCCUUCCUUUUCACCAUCUACCUUGCUGAGCAUCGUCACACUCAUUAAUAACUGUAAUAGACAUGCACUAUAUUUUAGCGCAUAGGCCUACUGUAGGAUGUGACUUAGAUAGGCUACAGAUCCCUGCUGUUAAUACAAUUAAGAUAAAAAGGAAAGAUCCUCUUUAAGGCACUUGGACAAGAAUGUCAAAACUUUGGUAAUGAUGAAAAGAUUGCACAAUGUGCUAUAAAGGAUAAAGGGAAACUGGAAAAUCAUGCUAAGAUGCCGUAAAUGAGGCAAAAUGCAGCUAAUACAAUAAGGAAGAAGAAUAUUUCUUCUGAUACAGUCCAGUCAAUUAGAGACUGAACUUUAAGUUACGCUUUAGCACAAAUGUACAAGAUGUAUGUAUGUAUGAUCUAUCCAUUUAGCACUAUUUCAUGUGUCGUCGAUGAUGCUCGGAGAAACAUUUACGCCGCUGAAUCCAUAACAUGUCACUAAGCCAGAGGAAAACCAUGCCAUCGACACUCAAAACACAUCACAAAUUCAGUCAAAAGCUGCCAGACCAUGCUCUGUUUGAAACAACUUGACCUCUCUCUUUCUUACUGUAGCCAUGACUGGAUAAAAAGUCUGUUUUAGUAUGACCUCACUGCUAGAAACCCUUCAGUAUGAGAGACUUACAGCUUGUUUUUCUGCGUGUGCACUGCCAACUUUUACACAGCUAUCUUAUUCCGCUGCUGCUGCUGGUCAUGGCAAUUGAUGCCCUGACAAACUGCACUCACAAUGAAAAUUCAAAAAAUGACUGAUUGUAUGGCAGACUGUUCUGGAUUAGGUUCCUGUUGUUUUACUUGUCUUACUUGUGAUAAGUACCUUAGUACUGUAGUAAGUGUGUUUGUAUCUCUACACAGUGGCCUAUCAAAACUGGAAUUAUUUUGGGGGACAGCAAACCUGAAAGUUUGGCAUUUUGUUUAAUGGAUCACUGAAUUCCAGUGAAAAGCAGAGGGAAAUCUCAGAUGCACAAGAAUUACAAGAAAUAUAAACAACAUUUUAUAGUAUACAGCUAUAACAAUGGAUGAAAGGUUCAUGGUUGCAAAUGUCAGGCCUUUAUCUUUGCACUGUAUACCAAAAGAGUUUUCAUUGGUGUCUGAAAAAAAUGUCUACUACGUCUACAGCACUGCCAAACUUUUCUAAGUGCACACGCAAAACCACGUCAUGGGAAAAAAUUAAACAUUUUCUGAAACUAAAGAAUAUCACCCAUCCAAAAGCAACAAUCAAGAUUUAGUCAUAGAGCAAAUACUGUAGGAUUUAAAAUGCCUUAAAACACCAGCAACUGUUUUUCUGGCCAAGUGUGUGAUGCGUUUGAUUCUGUUAAGUGGGGUGUUUAAUCAUUAUUAGCAUUAAUUAGAGCUACCAUGACUAUAAAAGCAUAGGGAUUGAAUGUAGUUGACAUGCUAUUCUCUUUACUGUUAUUACUGCUUAUGUAUUGCUGUAUGACACCAUAUCAAUAAAGACUUGACAUUGUUUAGGCUG